GGGCGCUGCGCGGUGCCGCUGCCGGGGGGCAUCGAGGGGCGCUUGGAGCCCGACUUUUAGGGAGAGAAAGCCGGAGGUCCGUGUCCAGCGGCAGCCGCAGCUGAUGAGUUGUGUCAGAGGGGAAUGGACCGGGUCGAGGGAGGAAAAGGGCCGAGGGUGUCGAGCUCCGGGCGCGUCGGAGGCAGCGGUAUCCCCAGAGGUGUUUUCCCCGCUCUGCGGUGCCGUGGUUUAUGGACUGCGGGUUGAACCGGGGCUCGGUGGUGAUUUCUGCCCAUGCCAGGGAAAAGCAGGUUCCUCCGGCCGUGGAGCAGCCCGCCUGUCUGAUGCCGCAUUGGAGGCGGGGAGCGCCGCUAUGGAGUGCGGGGAUGGAGGCCACGCUCUGCAUCCACACGUGCCUUUGGCUCAGCGCUUCCUGGAUCCCCCUGGCCUCGCCGGCCCUGGACGCUGAGGGCCGCCACGGGAAGCUGACGUGGGCAGUCAGCUUGGAGGCACCCGAGGAGGAGCUGGAGCAGCGGGCAGAGGAGCUGGCCCAGAGCGCGGGGCUGGUGAACAUGGGCCGUGUCGGGGAGCUCAAGGGCCAUUACCUCUUUGCCUACCAGCCCCACAGCCAUGCGGAGACUGAGCACGAAGCCAUAAGGAGAUCCGUGGACACUUUGUUUGCACAGCACGACAGUGUGCGGUGGCACUCGGAACAGAAGCUUCUGAAGCGCUCCAAGCGCAGCCUGCACUUUAAUGAUCCCAAAUACCCACAGCAGUGGCAUCUGAACAACCGCAAGAGCCCCGGGAAGGACAUCAACGUCACGGGCGUGUGGGAGCGGAACGUGACAGGGCACGGGGUGACGGUGGUGGUGGUGGACGAUGGCGUGGAGCACACCAUCAAGGACAUCCAGCCAAACUACAGCCCAGAAGGCAGCUAUGACCUGAACUCCAACGACCCUGACCCCAUGCCUCACCCCGACGAGGAGAACGGGAACCACCACGGGACGCGCUGCGCCGGGGAGAUCGCGGCUGUGCCCAACAACAGCUUCUGCACGGUGGGAGUCGCCUUCGGCAGCCGCAUCGCGGGCAUCCGAGUGCUGGACGGGCCCCUCACGGACAGCAUGGAGGCCAUUGCCUUCAACAAGCACUAUCAGAUCAAUGACAUCUACAGCUGCAGCUGGGGUCCUGAUGACGAUGGGAAGACUGUGGAUGGCCCCCACCAACUGGGAAAGGCUGCCCUGCAGCACGGGGUGAUCGCGGGUCGCCGCGGCUUCGGGAGCAUCUUCGUGGUGGCUAGUGGCAAUGGGGGCCAGCACAAUGACAACUGCAACUACGAUGGAUAUGCCAACUCCAUCUACACUGUCACCAUAGGAGCUGUGGAUGAGACGGGCUCCAUGCCCUUCUAUGCUGAGGAGUGUGCCUCCAUGCUGGCUGUCACCUUCAGCGGCGGGGACAAGAUGAUGAGGAGCAUCGUGACAACAGACUGGGACCUGCAGAAGGGCACGGGCUGCACAGAGGGGCACACGGGGACGUCGGCGGCCGCCCCGCUGGCCGCGGGGAUGAUCGCGCUGAUGCUGCAGGUGCGGCCCUGCCUCACCUGGCGCGACGUGCAGCACGUCAUCGUCUUCACCGCCACCAAGUACGAGGACCGUCACGCCAAGUGGGACACGAACCAGGCUGGCUUCAGCCACAGCCACCAGCAUGGCUUCGGCCUGCUCAACGCCUGGAGGCUGGUGAACGCUGCCAAGAUCUGGGAGUCCGUGCCAUACCUGGCCUCGUAUGUGAGCCCGGUGCUGAAGGAGGGCAGGAGCAUCCCGUGGCUCCCUCAGGAGCUGGAGGUGGCCUGGAACGUGACCCCUGCCGACCUGCAGCUGUCUGGCAUGAGGACCCUGGAGCACGUGGCUGUCACUGUCACCAUAACCCACCCUCGCCGUGGCAACCUGGAGAUCCGGCUCCUGUGCCCCAGCGGGAUGAUGUCCCUGAUUGGCACCGCCCGGAGCAUGGACUCGGACCCCAAUGGCUUCUCUGACUGGACCUUCUCCACGGUGCGCUGCUGGGGCGAGGAGGCACAGGGCACCUACAGGCUGCUCAUCAGGGACAUCGGAGAUGACAGCCUGAGGCCUGGCACCUUGAAGCAGUGGCAGCUGACCCUGUAUGGCUCCUCCUGGUCCCCAGCAGAGAUGAAGGAACGGCAGAGGCUGCUGGAGGAAGCCAUGAGUGGGCAGUUCCUGAGCAGUGACUUCUCCCUGCCCUGUCCCCCAGGGCUGGACAUCCCCGAGGAGCAGCGUUACACCAUCACAGCCAACACCCUCAAGACCCUCCUGCUCUUGGGAUGCUUUGCCGUGUUCUGGACAUUUUACUACAUGCUGGAGGUUUGCCUGACGAGGAACGAGGUGGGGCUGGACCUGGCCUGCUCCAGCUCCAGCAGCUGCAGGUGGUACCAGCAGGGCAGGAAGCACCGAGCCCUGGAGAGUGACCUGGAAAUGGAGUCGGUGCCUCUGUACCAGGAGAAGGACGUGGAGGAGGCUGAGAUGGACUGUGAGCACCUGGAGCCUGCCAAGGAUGGAGAGGAGGGGUCCUGGACCCCCACCCACCCCAAACUUUCCAGCAAUGGAAGAGCUGUGAGCUUCCAUGAGGCAGCCCCCACUGGAACAGGGUUCCUGGGCCAGGAGGCAUCGACUGAACUCCUCGGGGAGGACAGGGAGCACCAGCCCUGCUGACUGGGGCUGGGGCCCUCCCUUGGUACGACCUGCCUGGGCUCAGGCAGCACAGACUCAUUCCUGAGCCUCCACGGACCAUUGCCACUGUGUCCUGCAGGAGGUGGUGUUGGAAGGGGCUUGGAAACAAGGAGAGAGGGCUGGUACUGGAAAGGGAGCUGCCCUUCCCUCCUCCUGGAAAACAAAGCAAGCCUUAAACCCUUUCCUGUUGGAGCCUGCCCUGCUGGACGCUCAGGGCACCGUUGUGAGUGGAGUGCCAUUCCCACCGAGCCCCUUCCUGCCGCUGCAGCAGGGCCAAGACGUGUCCCUUUGUCCCUGAUUUCUGCAGAGCCAGCCUGGAAAUGCAGCAGGGCCCCAGCAGCCGCCUCUGCAGGCAGGGACCCCGCAGCACUGGCAUUUUCUCGGGCUGGCAGCCGGCCCCUACCCACCAGUUAUCCCAGUUUAGAAGCAGGGAGUUAUUUCACUCAUCUCCAUCCAGCGCUUCUGCCUGCCCCCGUGCUCCAAUCCUGCUGAUUCCUCCUCUCCUGUGGGCACAGAGCAGCUGUGGGGUGGGGGAGGCAGGAGCCAGCCAGUUUGGGGGCAGGAUGGGGCUGUCCCUGUGUCACUGGGCACUCUGGUAGCACGUAGGCCUGCUUUGGGCUGGGAAGGGGAGGCUGAGUUGCUCUGUCAGUGGCUGUCUGAGCAGGGUUGGGUUGUUCACAUGUCUUUGGGUUCGGUGGUUUAUUUUUUUAAAGCUGGGGUUUGUUUUUUAAUCAGCAAAGCCCUUUUGUGUAGCUUUCCAAAUAAAGCCUGAAAAACCCUC